CUCCUCACCCUCUUUCCUCCCCUUUAAGUGGUUUGCGCUUGAUUUCGGCUUGGUUUUUAAAGGCAGUGUCGCUUUUUUUUUUAAUCUCGUCAGACUUUGCCUCCUAGGUUACCAAAUCCUUCUGCGGACGUGAUGGGGGAGAUAACCGGUUAUCGCUGGCUGUUUAUUGGGUGAAUUGUUGAAACAGGACAGACCCUCGAAGAGUCUGAGGAACGAAGGCCUCGGAGCCAGGGGGCCCUGCACUGUGUGUAAUCCAGAAAGCUACGCUUUGGUCAGGCCAUAGCGCCUAACAAAGAUCGAGGAUUCAUCAGGGGGGGCCCCUUUUCCGUCUUCAGAUUUACCUUCGAUAUACGGAGAAAAUGCCGACUAACUUGAAGUUGGUUUAACGCAAGAAGUUUGUGACUGUUUUUUUUUUUCGUGAAUGUUAAAAGGUUAUACUGUUAAAGUUUAAAGGGCCAUGUUUUAGUCGAUUCGCCUUCGAGAUAUGAUUUCUUUAAAAUGGUUAGCCUAUCAAGUACAGGAACCGCAAAACCGAGAAUAUUCCAAAGACUUUUAAAGUGAUUAAAUAUUUAAAGAACGGGCAGGCCGCAACUCUCAGUUGAAUGUUGAAAAGCCAAAUGGCCGAUUUGCGUGUCUGUAAAUACGCAUGUUUUAAAAACACUCUAAGCAAUAAUAAGCAAGGAAGAGUACAGUAUAUACCAAAGCAACUUUAAAAAAAAAAAAUAUUCAGCGAGAGUAUAUACACAACGCGUUUUAGAAACGUUGCUUCUAUUGAGUUAAUGAUUUACUGUAAAUGACAGAUGAUUUUAUAGUUUGAGUUUCUGUUAAUAAGAUAAAAAGUGCUAGAUGUUUAUAUGUGAUAUUAAGCACAAGGGAAAGGUAAUUAUUAAGCCGAGUAGAUCAGAUAACGAAUUCCGUUUUUGCAAAGGUUGAAUUUAUUAUUACUGUGUUAACAAUUAAAGAAAACGAGAAAGAGCAAGUUGUUAGGCAAGCCUUGAACGUAUGACUGCUUUACACACAAACGACGUAUGAAUCGGUAUGGUGAAAGGGAAGUUCACGUUUUUGUGCUUUUAUUAAUAUUCCUAAACGUUUUCCAUUUUUUUUUUUUAAACUUCUAGCGACUUGCUAGCCAGGUCUCCGCCUUGUUUAAGCGAAAGGAGAGCGUUGACUUAUUUUUUACAUUAAUAAGGUAUUUUGAGCAUAGUUUUCAGUUGUCUAGCGAGGAGUGUUUAAAGGAUUGUCGUGUGCUGAAAUUUUAAUAGACUCACUUUCCUUAUAUAUACAUUUAUUAUUAUUAUAUAUAUUUUUUUACGGUGUUCCAUUAUUUCUAAGCUGAGUUUAUUACUGCGUAUCUGUCAUUGACUAGACAUCCUUGUAAAUAGUAUAGAUAGCAACCGGGCGAUUACAGGAUUACCUUAAAUAUUUUUUCUCUCGUCUUUGGUAAAUGAAAUGAGAUUACAUUUUUUAUUCGCCUGAAUGUCUUAGAAAUUGCAUGCACAAGCUGUGCCUCUGCUCGUGAAUGAGUUGAAGUUUAGAAGAGUUAAAAUUGGGCCCCUCUGUAAGAUGUUCAGCUACUUUUAUAAGUUAGAAAAGAUUUUUUUUUAAGGAUAUUUUUUAGUUUCUAUGUCUUUGCUUUUUUUUUUUUGGACUUGGAAAUAGCUGUUAAGUGAUGGAAGGAAUUGGAACCACAUGGAUUAUAAUAAACAUUUAGAUUCUGAAGACGUGCUUUGGAGUUCAAGAAGCCAGCAUUUCUUGGCCUUGUUAUCAUCCUCGAACCUGGGUUUACUGACACUGAACCUGGAUGCACACGCUCGCUUACCUGGAGGGGUGUUGUCUUAAACUGGCAUCACAUCAGUUCAACAUCCUGACCAUCAGUGAGCACAAAGAUGCCAUCGGGUUCAGUUAGCAGUGGUACCACACGUAAAUUUAAACCGAGCAAGUACAUCCCUGUGUCUGCAGCAACAACCUUCCUUGUGGGAUCCACUUCUCUGUUCUUCGUUUUCACGUGUCCUUGGUUAACCCAGACAUUCUCUCUUGCAAUUCCCAUCUACAAUGGCAUCAUAUUUCUCUUUGUGUUGGCAAACUUCAGCAUGGCCACCUUCAUGGACCCUGGAAUUUUCCCUAGAGCUGAGGAAGAUGAAGAUAAGGAAGAUGAUUUCCGUGCUCCUCUUUACAAGACCGUGGAGAUAAAGGGAAUCCAGGUCCGAAUGAAGUGGUGCUCCACCUGCCGUUUCUACAGACCUCCUAGAUGCUCACAUUGCAGUGUGUGUGACAAUUGUGUCGAGGAGUUUGAUCAUCACUGUCCCUGGGUGAAUAACUGUAUCGGGCGAAGAAAUUACCGGUAUUUCUUUCUCUUCUUGUUGUCACUGACAGCUCAUAUCAUUGGAGUUUUUGGGUUUGGGCUACUAUUCAUAUUAUACCACAUGGAUGAACUUCGAAUGGUUCACUCAGCUGUCACAAUGGCAGUCAUGUGUGUUGCAGGAUUGUUUUUUGUUCCAGUGGCUGGCCUCACUGGUUUCCAUAUUGUAUUGGUAGCAAGAGGCAGAACUACUAAUGAACAGGUAACCGGUAAAUUCCGUGGUGGGGUCAAUCCUUUUACUAAUGGCUGCUGGAAAAAUGUCAGCCAUGUUCUCUGCAUUUCACAGGCACCCAGGUAUCUUGGGCGUCCACGCAAGGAGCAGACAGCAGUUGUGAAACCCCCUUUCCUCAGACCAGAAUUCUCUGAUGGACAGAUAACUGUAAAAAUUAUGGACAAUGGAAUUCAGAAUGAUCUCAAUCCAACAAGGUCCAAAGGCAGUUUGGAAGUUAUGGAGAGUCAGUCGGCCGAUUCUGAACCACCUCCUCCACCCAAACCUGAACUUCGCUACCCAGGCCUUAGAGCACAACUGACAUUGAAUACCACUGAGGAGAGUAGCUUGCUGUCCCAAAAUGACAAUCCCCCUACUCCUACCAUGUACAAAUACAGACCUGCAUACAGCAGUCCGGGGAAGAACCAGACCAGCACAAAGAUGAUGAGGGGUGACAGUUUAAAAGAGCCACCUUCAAUAUUAGAAAGCAGCCAGCAUCCUAGUUAUCGCUCUGAACCAAGCCUUGAUGCAAUCAGCUCUCCUGCCACAGGUGGUAUGGGUCUUGACAAUGGAGGUGCAUCAUCAGGAGGUGGAGGUAUGGCCUCCAGUUAUGGGGUAGGUGGACGUUCAUACCCCUCAUUCCAAGAUCCUUUGUCUGGAACUUCAAGGUCCUCCAGCCUCCGCUCAACUCAUGCCAAUCUAGGAGGUGCUGGAGGAUUUGAAAUGGGGGCACUAGCUUCUGUGCGCUCAGAAGGCACAACAUCCACCAGCUACAAGAGCUUAGCUAAUCAAACCCCACGUAAUGGAAGCUUGUCUUACGACAGCCUGCUUACACCGUCGGAGAGCCCAGAAUUUGAAUCUGCAGCACCUGAGCCUCCUUUUGGAUCUCAGAAUCCAGCAACUGGAUACAACUCUCCAUUUUUAUCUGCACAGAUAGCUCAGCAGCGAGAAGCAGAACUGCAUCCUAGUGUAGGUUUCCAAACCAAAAGUCUGGGCUCACCACAUAGAAGUGAAAAGCAAACAAGAGCUCAGUCCCCAGUGCGGUAUGACAACCUUUCACGGCACAUUAUGGCCUCCAUGCAGGAACGGGAACGCCUUCUGGAUUGUGAGGAUUCUGAGGUUUUCAAUGAACAACACGGGAGCCCAUCUCAUCCUCCAGUUCCACACCAACGGCCACCAAGAUUUGGGAGGCCCCCUCUUUCCUCACCCACAGAGGGUGCACCCCACCAUUCCUCACUCAGGGCUCGCUCAUUGGGUUCACCGGACCUUCCUCCUCCUCCACCACACACCUCAGCUCACCAGCAACUUGGUCAUAAUUCUACUCAGUUUCAUCAUCCCCACCACCACCACCACCAUCAUACUGGAUUAGGAAAGUCAUUGUCGUACAGCAGCAGCUCACGCAUCGCGUCUCCCAGUGAAGGGGUGACCAGCACUUUCCAACUGAGUGGCAGCUCCAGUAACGUGAUCCACGCUCCCAAAGAUGAAGUCCAAAUGAGAGCUCACGGCAAGUUGAAUGGGCAACCCAAGCACUUCUUCUCUCACUCUCAUCCUCCUCAUCCUGGGAGUCAUGCGCCAGCCAGAGCCCCUGAUAGCAUCAGCAACAUGUCUUCAUCUCCUACAAGUCCUGGCCAUCGCCCGAUUGCCUCUGGGUCAUCAAAUCACAGUACUCCUUCUUCUCUGAGUCCUACUAGAGGUCCAGGAGGUGGAGGAGGUGGUGUCAAGAAAGUCUCUGGUGUCGGUGGGACUACUUAUGAGAUUUCUGUAUGAGAGGCCAGGAAUUUGCUGGUAGAGGGAAGAUGCAGCUACACAGUGUUGGAGAAACCAAGGAGA